GAGAUGGGUUGUGCUGUGCGCGCUGUAAAUGCGGAACCUGUGCGGCAGCGUGUCAGUGUUGUGCUUCCUAUUUACUGUAGAAGCUCCCGAACAGGUUCACCGCGGCCACGAAAACUUUAUCUUAACAUGAUCACUUUACAAGGAAAAAAGGACUUUAAAAUAUGCGUCAUGUUAUGAAGUGCUCUGACAUGAGGUGAGGUCGAGAGGGAUUCCUGUCCGUGCUUUCUGCUCUCGUCACGGAAUUAGGAGUUUGAUGACAAGAUGAAGUUUAAUGGUUACUUGAAGCUGCGCAUUGGUGAGGCUGUGGAGCUGAAGCCUACCACCUACUCACUGCGCCACUCUGUCAUCUUCAACAAAGCCACCCCGGCUCUGGACCCCUACAUCGUGGUCAAGGUGGACGAGUUUAAGAUUGGACAGACUCACACAAAACAGAAGACAAACAUGCCCACGUACAACGAGGAAUUCUGCCUUAAUGUGAAAGACGGAACACACAUAGAGCUCACCGUCUUCCACGAGACUCCCAUCGGAUAUGACAACUUUGUGGCCAACUGCACCAUUCAGUUUGAAGACCUGAUCCAGAAGCUCAACGCGGGGGAGAGCUUUGAGGGAUGGAUGGACUUGGAGCCGGAGGGAAAAGUAUACAUUGUGAUUACCCUGACUGGAUCCUUCACUGAUGAUGAUGCCCUGGUGCGCCCUCCUCAGAAGCAUCACAAAGAGCUGACCCGUACACGACAGGGAGCAGUGCGACGCAGGAUCCAUCAGGUCAACGGUCACAAGUUUAUGUCCACGUUCCUCCGACAGCCCACCUUCUGCUUCCACUGCCGUGAAUUCAUCUGGGGAGUGUUUGGGAAACAGGGUUAUCAGUGCCAAGUGUGCACUUGUGUUGUUCAUAAGCGCUGCCACAAGUUGGUGGUGACAGUAUGUCCGCGCAUGAAGAAAACUCAAACUGAGCAGCCGAUGAACCAGGGUUUCAGUAUCAAUGUUCCUCACAAGUUCAAUAUCCACAACUACAAGUCUCCCACUUUCUGUGACCACUGCGGUUCUCUGCUGUGGGGCCUUGUCCGGCAAGGCCUGCACUGCAAAAGUUGCAAAAUGAAUGUUCACAUCCGCUGUAAAAGCAACGUAGCCCCGAGUUGUGGCGUCAACAGUGUGGAGCUGGCCAAUAAGCUGACAGAGAUGGGUCUACAUCCAGGAGGCCUUUCCAAGCGCCCCUCAACGGUUAAGGGAGGCCAGGUGAGGGCGCCAGAGCGCACAGAGAGUGUGGAGGUACAACCACAAACAGUCAAGCUGGGCCUCCAAAACUUUACCUUCAUUCAGGUGCUGGGGAAAGGCAGCUUUGGCAAGGUGAUGUUGGCGCGACUCAAUGACACGGAGCACGUGUUUGCAGUGAAAGUGCUGAAGAAGGACAUCAUUCUGCAGGACGAUGAUGUGGAGUGUACCAUGACUGAGAAACGGGUGCUGUCGCUCGCCCGCUGCCACCCCUACCUCACCCAGCUCCACUGCUGCUUCCAGACACGUGACCGACUCUUCUUUGUGAUGGAGUUUGUGAAUGGAGGAGACCUCAUGUUCCACAUCCAGAAGUCCAGGAAGUUUGAGGAGCCCAGAGCACGUUUCUAUGCCGCAGAAAUCACCUCUGCUCUCAUGUUCCUUCACAACAAGGGAAUCAUCUACAGAGAUCUAAAACUAGACAAUGUUCUGCUGGACAAAGACGGCCACUGUAAGCUGGCAGACUUUGGUAUGUGUAAGGAGGGUAUCUUCGAAGGAGCAGCCACAGCCACCUUCUGCGGGACCCCUGACUAUAUUGCCCCAGAGAUCCUGCAGGAGAUGCUGUAUGGGCCGUCGGUGGACUGGUGGGCUCUCGGGGUGUUACUGUACGAGAUGCUCUCGGGCCACGCCCCCUUUGAGGCUGAGAACGAAGACGACCUGUUUGAGUCCAUCCUGAACGAGGAGAUAGUGUAUGCCUCAUGGCUCAGCAAAGAGGCUGUCAGCAUCCUCAAAGCGUUACUGACCAAAAAUCCAGCUCGGCGCUUGGGCUGCGUGGCUUCUGAAGGGGGAGAGAGCGCAGUUACCGGCCACCUGUUCUUCAGCACAAUUGACUGGGACAAACUCAAUCACAAAGAGAUAGAGCCACCAUUUAAACCACGGAUAAAAACCCCUGAAGAUGUGAACAACUUUGACCCUGACUUCACCCAGGAGGAGCCCACCCUGACCCCCAUGGAGGACUCUCUCAUCCCUGCAGUCAACCAGGAGGAGUUCAGAGACUUCUCCUUUACAUCUCCGGAGCUACUGCAGCCCUAGAAACUUGUGCCAGUCUGCUCAGUGCCACGUCAGAACCAGCAAAAGACUGCCAAAUUCCCCACAAACAGACCAGAUUCACCAGACCACAAGCUGCACAGAAGGAACUUGCAUCACUCACAAAAUAGUGAUUUGAAACUCAUGGAUUAUUGACCUCAAGUGUCUUUUUAACUUCUAUUUUAUUUGUAUAUUUGCUUUUUAUUCAUGUACUUCUUAAAAUGAAAAAAAUAUUAUUGAGGUAUUAAAGCGUGUUUUUUAAAAUGUCACAUAAAUAUGAUGAUGUUAGAAUUUCAGAUAGAGGACAAGGUGCCAAACUUACUGUACAUGGGAAAGACAGUGCUGUUAAAGGAAUCCAGAAAUGUUUAACAAGCAGGACUGCUGGUCGAAUCAUACUGCCACAUUUGACUGUAAAAGACACAAAAGAAAACAUUUCAUUUUAUCUGUGCUGGCAAAGAAGAAGUUGAACCGCUGUGUCGUCAAGGAGUGUUAAGUGUGAUGUGUCAUUUCAUCUGAACUCAAAUGAUUCAGAGUACAACAUUAAGCAGAACUUUGGAGAUUUCACCAUGUCUGCUGCUGUUGGCUCUUUACCAAGGUAAUGCUGCUAAGUACUGGCAUUUACAGUAAUGAGUGAUUAUGGUCUGCCCUCCCAAACACUUUCCUCCCAGAAAAAAGCUGUAAAAUCUCACUGAUCUGUGCAGGGAUACUCACUGGAAGAUAUUCUAGUACAUGCUAAUGAACCAAGACUGUUGAAAUUUACUUUUG